AAGGUUACAAGGAAAUGAUAGCUUCUGUUGUCCUAUUAUUCAUUUUUGGGGUUUUCAAAGAAUUAUUAUCCAUGGAGUGCUAUGUGUGCAGGAAUCAGGAAGGAAAUAAAGAUAAAUGCAUCAAAACUACAAUGCAAUGUCUAGAAGAUGAACACUCUUGUAUAACCAAUAUUUCAUACACGAGUCUCCUAAUUUUUACCUAAAUGGUGUCAUGCGUUUUUAGCGCUAUUAAAACUGCCCGAGAUGAGAGUUUGUUGCUGCUAACCUGUAUUACCGAAAUUAUUUCAAUUCGUAUUUCGUACGAUUUCUGUCGUUAGAAAUGCUGAAGAUAAAUAGAGUGUUGAGAUACCAUGUUCCCUGAAGCUUGUUCUCUUAGAAGACCUACUCACUUCUCUAAAAUAUUGGCUCGGAACUUAUUUCCAAAGUCUCGAAGACUUUAAAGAUGGGCAAAACUGUGCAUAUUUUUCUAAACACGACGACAACACGUACUGUUCCUCCCUAUUGGUCGCCUAUGGGGGAACGAACUCAUUUUUUAUGGAAAGCUUGUAUUUCUACAGAAGAAUGUGAGCGUCAAAAAGAAAUUGCUGGUAAGACUUGUCAACGUGAAUGGUAUAUGGACUGGAGAUGUGUGGAAUGUUGUCAAGGUGAAUUGUGUAAUUAUUACGCAACAGUAAGUCAACAAUUAAAAUUUGUAUUAUUAAAGUAAGCAUGAUUUGUACGAAUCGUUGGAUGUUUUCUAAGUAGGAAUAGCUUUAAGUUCAUUUAAAUAUUACUCAUUUACUGCCCUAAUCUUCAACUAAACUCUGUGAAUGAUUUCAUUUGGGAAACUAAUUAAUUACUUAUCAGGGUGUUUGAGGAUCUUGGUUGGACGGUGUAACCAUGAGUGAAUAUUCCAAACAUAGAACAAAUAAAAUGUGACUAGCAGUAAAACUCAAGACGUGUGUUUCGUUUUAUUUGAGUGUACCUGGUUCCUCAAUUGAAUUAUUAGACAUCUCUAUCAGUUGGACUAAAGUCACAAAACUAGUGAAUAGUUUAUCGCAAAACUGAUGUUUGAUUCCAUGUUAAAGAAUAAGUGUUAUUAAAUCUCAGCGGUUCAUAAAUAAUACUAGAAAAGUUUUGUCACUGUAAUUUUACAGAUAGUUGUUUAUUCAACCCUUAUGGUUUGUGAUUUCUGUAUUUGGUCACUCAGUUUUAUGAGUUAAGUGAAGUUUUGAAAGUCUAUAAUCAGGGUAUUAAACAUCUUGAACUGAGACUGAAAGCUUUUUCUCUAAAAUGUAUAGCUUGAAAUUAAAGACAAAUAUCAAACGUAUUGAUAUGCAGUAAAAUUAUUACAGAUGUUUGAAAGAGAAAUUCAGUCAUCAUAUAUUCUAUGUUACAAAUAAAACCAUACUGACUGAGAGGUAAUCAAAACUAUUUUUAAGUUAAUUGGAGUUAUAUAUGUGUAACAAAAACAUAAAUAUUAUAUCUUUUGACUGACAAUUAUAACUAUUAUCCAGCUUGUGAAGACAUUUAUUUUGUCACCUGAAUAUUUAAUAAUGAGUUUGAGUAUCAUGUCAACAAAGAACAUCUUGGAUUAGAGGUAUCUUAAUUUCAUGACUUCAUUGCCGAAAACUUUUUAAAAAAAUGUCAAUCAAUUGUUUUCAGGUAUUAAGUGGUCGAAGGUAGUCAGCAGUAAACUUUAGACCUUGCUUCCGUGAUAAUUGUUCGUUGUCAGCUAACUGCACCAGAAAGCUUGAGGGAGGUGAUGUUCGAUGUAUAAUCCAAACAUGGGUCAGCUAGCUUCACAAUGUGGGACGUUGUCACUAGGCUAUUCAAGCGGCGACUGACCUUUAUGUAGUCACGAGUGCUUAACGAGUUUUGCAGAUUAAGUUGCAAUGUUGGUGUUACAGAUAUCUAAAGAAGUGACUUACACUAAGUCACAAAACGUCAGAAAAUCUAAUUUUUCUACUCAUUAGAAUAUUUACAAAUAUAUUAUCUAUUUAUAACAAUCUACCCAAUGCUCAAUUUAUUCGAAAUUAUCAAAUCAAAUCUUGGUAGUGAUACCUACAUUCUCUUAUACAGAUAUCAGUGAUGAUAAACUUGCAUAACAAGUUAUUCUAAAUUACUAAAAUAACUGUUACUGCACAUAAAUGUUUAAAUGUAGCCAAUUUUAUUUAUAUGACUGUGAUCCUCUUUGUUUUUCUUAUUCAUAAAUAACCUAUGAAGACAUAACCGCUGUGAUUUCUGACAAUCGAAUCUAUUUCUACACACAUAACAUAAAUCACUCAUUGCCUCAGUUUAUUCAUUUUAUUACAAACUAUCUUUAGAAACAAAUAUAGAUAGAUUGUGAUUGGCAUUGAAAAUAAGUGUUAAAUUAGAGUCCUAGGUUGAACAUUAACAUUGAGAUGUUGAUGUAUCCAAUUAACUAGUUCAAAAUAGAACAAAAUGCACAUCAUGAAUUUUACUAUUAAGUACUAUCUAUUUAUUCUUUAGAAAAUGUCAUUAAACACUUGUUCUUAGAUAUGCUUCAAUUGACUUGAUCAUAUUUAUAAGAAUUUGGCGAGACUUUAAUUUGUGAACGAGCCAAUCAGAAGCGUUUUAGGAAUUUCAAAGUUACAGAGCCAACUUCAGUGCUUAGUCCUAAAGUACGAUUAGUUCACAAGGAAUUUUGUACAAAACGUAAUAAUUGAGCGGCUAUAACAAAUAAAACGGCGAGACUACUAUUUGUGAACGAAUCAAUCAGGUAAAAGAUAACAGAUCCUGGAUUUUAAGGUGAAAGCCUUCUAUCCAUUUGGCUAAAUAAAUUUCUGGCAUUAUAGCUGAUGUCAAUUCAUGAUGAAAACCCCAUAUAUAAUUGCUAACUAAGUUAAAUUAUAACAAUUAUUGCGAACCGGAUAAUAAAAGCACCGGUAACACUGGCUGCAGCCAGGUACUACAAUAUAUUCGGAUGUUUAGAGGGUGUACGGACUCCUAUAUAGACUUGGUUAUGUACAUCGUGUCGUUAUCCACAAGUAGCAUUGUGUGUAAUCAACAACCGGAGUGCAAAUAGACAAUAUUGAAACUAUGUGGUCGAGGCUGAAGGAGUUUUUGAGACGUUAUCAUAGUUCCAGAGGCCAACUAUUCUGUAACCGUAUGGAUGAUUUCCUCUACUGCAUUUAUUACGAUUUUAGAACCUCUGAAUCUCUUUUUAAACUUGAAAAGUUUGUGAACCAUGUAUAAGAAGUGUAUCCACUUUAUUUCCUUGUUUUUGUAUAAUAUAUUUUUACUCCAUACUGACUCUUUGCUGAUUGGCUAACAUUCCUCAAGGUCACUUAAGAUUCGUUCAAAGGUCGUCCGUAAAUUACAGUCCGACAAUUCAAUUGUAUUAGAUUUGUAAUCACGAUAAUAUAUAUUUGGAUAAUUCUUUAUAAUAUUCAUGGGAUUUCUCCUUACUUUUUUUUAUUUUAGUUGUCAGGAUAUCGAGUAUAUUGGGAUAGAAAUUUAAUUAUUUCAAUGAUGAUACCUUUUUUAGCGCAUCAUUUGUUUUAGUUACGUAAUUGUAUAUAGACCGAUGAAAAACACUUUUGUAUAUUUAUUUCUAAAAGUAAGCUUAUAUGUUUAAUGAAUUAUUUUGUAUAUAAAAACUAUGUAGAUCAUAUAAAUAAAUUGUAAAAUGAA